CAAGCCGUCGAAAUGGAAGCAUCCGUCCCCUACGCUCUGUUUUUGCAUCGCCAGGAGCUGCGUCGCCGCCAGAUGCUCUACACCCAAGUGUCCAAGACCAAGAUCCAGCUGACCAAGGAGCUGAUCGCCGAGCAGAAGCAGCGACUGUCCUCCUGCAGUCCCGAGGAUCUGCAGAUCCUUAGUCGGGAGCAGCAAUUCAAGCGUCAGCUCCAGCAGAAGCUCAAGCAUCGCAACAAGCAGCUGAAGGCCAUUGCCAAGCAACAGGAAAAGCGGUGCUUAGACAUAGAUAGAUAAUCUCCUCGGGGUUACUACUUUAAUUAGUUUUAGUUUAGCGUUAAUGAUGUGUCUUUCCUUAGUCUAACUUUGUUUAGUUUGGUUCAAAGAAAUAAAAUUUCCUAUGCAAAUCUA